UAGAGGAAACCAAGACUUUCUCAUCUUCUUUCUCUCUUGGCUACUCUUCCACGAAGGAACAUAAGUGAGUGUAAAUCAUGUCAGAUUCACAGUCCAAUUCCGAGAUCUUCACCGUUCGGAUUGUGUCCAUCGACUAUUACAUGGCGCCGCCAAUCCCUGACGCCGAUAUCUGUUAUAGUAGCUUCCACGGUGGAGAGGUGAACGAGGUGCCUGUGAUAAGAGUGUAUGGUUCUACUCCUGCUGGCCAGAAAACUUGCUUGCACGUGCAUCGGGCUUUACCCUAUUUGUAUGUGCCGUGUUCGGAUAUACCACUUCAACUGGACCAAGGUGAUGCAUUCACCUAUAAGGUAGCUGCUUCUCUUGAGAAAGCCUUAAAGCUUAAAGGCAGUGCUGGUUCUACAAGGCAGCAUGUACAUGGAUGCAGUAUUGUAAAAGCAAGGAAAUUCUAUGGCUAUCAUUCACUCGAGGAGUUAUUUGUAAAGAUAUACUUAUAUUAUCCUCAAGAUGUUUCUCGUGCAGCUAGUCUUCUUUUGGCUUGUGCUGUUCUUGAUAAAAGUUUACAGCCAUAUGAAUCACAUAUUCCCUUUAUUCUUCAGUUUCUGGUUGAUUACAACUUGUAUGGCAUGGGUCAAUUGCACCUAUCAAAGAUGAAGUUCCGCCACCCGAUACCUGACUCUUUCAAGAAAUUAAAUAUUGGUGGCCAGCAUACAAAGGCAGAUCUUUCUCAUGCAUGUCUAGAGUCCAAAUAUUGGAUGGCUUCCACAAUUCCAUCUGAGUGGAUAUGGUUACCCACAAGCAAAUCCAGUGCUUCUUUAAAUGAUAAGGCUCACUGUCCUAAACGCCAAAGCAUCUGUGAGCUUGAAGGAGAUACUUCUGUGAAUGAGAUUCUUAAUCAGCAGUUUAAAAUGUAUUCAUCUCUCUCACAAACAUGCUCAGAUACCAACAUGGUUCAGUCACUUGUACCAAUAUGGGAGGAACAACAGAAGCGGACUGGGAUUCAUGAGGCUACUAUGCCUUCUGAUCCCGGCAAACCACUUCCAGAAGAUGUUAUGAAACUUUUCUCUGGUAGUCUGGACUUUGAGAAAAAAUUUAUUGAGUUAUGCAGUGAAGUUGGAACCUUAUUUUGUACUCCUUCUGGGAAGGAAUUGAGCGAAACAGACAUAAUAGGGUCAGCAUCACCACCUGCUACAUUAUGCAAAAAUGCCAAAUUCCAAACAGAAGGGACUGACGCCAACCUUGAAAUGUUGACUAUGGAUGAAAUUCAGUCAACUGAAAUAAUUGGAUCGGUGGACAUAAAGGCUGUUGAUAAGGAAGCGAAAAAUCUUCUUAAGUGGCUUGCAACUUCUCAAGCUGUAGAGGAUAUAAACUCUGAUGAUGAUCUUGCUUAUGAAACAAUCUUGACUCCCUUGUUGCCUGCUGCAACAAUUGAUAAAGUGUUGGAGGAAGCUAAUAUCGCCUAUGAGAGUGAGUCCCAGAAGGAGUGUCAGGAUAUUCUAGAUUCAACUGAUGAUAUGCUUGAGUUGGAGUUUCCAAAGGAAAAGCCUUCUCUUUCCUUUGGUUACAAUUGUCCUAUUGGAAAUAGGAAAUUACCCCAAGUUGAUGGUUCUAAUGAUGACAAUUUCUCAGAUCAAUGUGGUAGUUUGGCUGGAACCUCUUCUUUAGCAGAUAUAAACAGUGAAUUCAAAAGCGCCUCUGAGUACCAUGUUCUGCAUAGUACAGGCACGAGCACAGUUAGUAAAGAUAGAAGGAAUAAGAAAUGGGGGUCUUUGCCUUUAUCUGCGAUUGAUCAGGUUAAUAACGAUGGAGAGCGAGCUACUUUACUUGUGACUCAUCCAGUUGAAAGUAAUAUUGGAGAUUCUGCUUGCUCAGAUCACCUAACAAUAAAUGAGGUUAGUAGUAGUGCUUGUAUUUUAAGGAACAAGGACACAAAUGCGUCAGAUUCGAAAGAAGUACACAGAUCAGUUACCUGUUCUUUGCGGGACUUGAUGAGGCGAAAGCGAUCCUAUCGAGUUGAACAAGCUGAAUAUGACUCGGGAACUACUAAAAAGCUUCUUUUAGGCAGGCAUGAGGAACCAGAUGUAUGCUUUGGGCAAAAGCAACUGAAUUUAAAAACAAUGCAAAUUGAUGUAGAAGAGAUGGAAAACCAAAAGAUUUGUGAACUUGAAGUUAGCAAUCAUGCUAAUUUAUUGCAUGGGAAACUGCUCCUUUCAACUGGCAGUGAUGGUCCUUUACACGGUAGUAGGCCAAAAGAUGAAUGUUUUGGUCAACAUGAAAUGGAAGGUAUAGAAGCAAGUACAGUAUUGAGGAACUGUACAAAAGGAGGUUCUGCUUUAAUGCAUGGUGGACCAGGGCUCCAUAAGCCUGAAAAAUCAUGUUUAUUUGAUUCCAUAGAUCAAUCUGUGGCUUGCAGGGAUGAAAACCUUAAGGGUGGCUUGACUUUUACGAAGCAUGUAGCUUCUGAUACAUAUAUCAAAAGUCCCUUUUUAGACACUCAGUUCAGAACAGCUGCUGUUCAUGAAGUCAGAGCUCCCGAGAGCAGUCCACAAACUGAUUCUUCUGCUUCAACUAGUGUGCAAAGCGCGUUCAUUAUUGAUAGAGUGUCUGGUAAAUAUAAUUUUGUGGAUCAAAAUUCUCACCAAAGCUUAUCAUUUGUGGAACAUGAUCAGAUAAUGUUUUGUGAGAAUUCUGUGAAGAAAAGUGAUGCAAAUGAUGUGCAAGUAUUGCUUAGUGAAAAGCUGGAGAAUCACAAGGUGGAUGAAAAUUUGUUGCAUGAGAUCAUUGACUCUGAACCCACUGACCUAAAGGGUAAUCACCCAAAAUUAACUGAAGUAACCACAAGCAAGAACCCCCCGGGUGAUAAGAAUCUUGAAAGUACAGCAAUCUGUAAUACCUAUUUACAUUUGGAUGAAGAUAGCUCUGAUGAAAUGACAGGUGAUGAUCUGAAUGUCUUUCUUCCAAUUUCUGCAAGGAAUUCUAAGAAAGGGAUGGAAACUUGCAACGAGUAUUUUACAAAUAAAACCCUUACAUCUAAUGGGACAAAGGUUGCCAACACUCUCUACCAAAAUGAUGGCUCUCACCUUUACCUAUUAACGCCUAAUAUUUUGCCUCCUUCUGUGGAUACUGUGCAUAGAUGGCUACUUCAUAAUGAGAGAGGGCAUAGUGUUGAGCAUAUACAUCAAGAAACAGAUGCAGAGAACAAGGAUGUACCUAAAUGUGCUUCUGAGUCUGAACCUCCUAUUAGGCCUAAGCUGCAUGAAGAUGCUGAAUCAGAACAGAACCCCAAAUGCAAUGGAGAAGGACAAACAGAAAGAGUGAAAACACUUCUAGAUGACUCACAAGAUACUUCUCAGAUAUCUGCCCCUGAUGGAAAAUCAAUCUAUACCCCUCUAAGUCAAAUUGGAUUUCGAGACCCUGCAAGUGUUGGCUGUGGACAGCAACUGACAUUACUUAGUAUAGAGAUUCUUGCAGACUCUAGAGCAGACCUUUUACCUGAUCCUCAAUUUGAUGGCAUCAACAUUAUAGCUCUUGGUUUUCAGAAUGAUAGUGACUCUGAUGUUGAAGUUCUAGUUCUUUUACGCAGUAAAUUCGUAACUUGUCAGAGAAAUUUUGAUGGUCUAUCUGGCUCUAAAGUAUUGGUCUUCACUGAUGAGAAGCUAUUGUUAAAAGAAUUUAUAAAGAUUGUGUCUUCAUCUGACCCAGAUAUUUUGAUGGGUUGGGAUAUUCAAGGGAGUUCUCUUGGUUUUCUUGCAGAAAGAGCAUCCCAUCUUGGUUUGGGAUUACUUAACAAUCUUUCUCGCACUCCUUCUGAGUCUUUGAUAUCUUCUGAUGAUACGAAAACUUCUGAAAAAGAUAUGUUGGAGCUGGACAUUGAUGACACUCCUAGUCUAGAUUGUUGUGUGCCAGAAAAUUCAAUAAUCGAGGAUGAAUGGGGACGGACACAUGCUAGUGGAGUUCAUGUAGGAGGCAGAAUUGUUCUUAAUGUAUGGCGAUUGAUCCGUGGAGAAGUUAAGUUGAACUUAUAUUCAGUUGAAUCUGUAGCUGAAUCUGUAUUGAGGCGGAAAAUUCCUUCGUUUCACCACAAAGUGCUGACGAAGUGGUUUUCAAGUGGUCCUGGACGAGCAAGAUAUCGGUGUAUCAAAUAUGUGAUUGAGAGAGUAAAGCUGAACCUUGAGAUAUUAAACCAACUUGAUAUGGUGAAUCGAACAUCAGAACUUGCUCGUGUCUUUGGCAUAGAGUUUUUCUCUGUUCUCUCUCGAGGAUCACAAUACCGUGUUGAGUCCAUGUUUCUGAGGUUGGCCCAUACACAAAACUACCUUGCUAUCUCACCUGGAAAUCAACAGCCAAGCCCAACGAGAUUUUAUAGAAGUGCUGUCCAGACUCCAAUGUAUCAUGCUCUCUCCUUGUGUGGUCUGGGGAAAGUAAAUGUUGCUUCUCAACCUGCUAUGGAGUGCCUUCCUCUAGUAAUGGAACCAGAAUCUGGAUUUUAUUCAGAUCCUGUUGUUGUGCUUGACUUCCAGUCUUUAUAUCCAUCCAUGAUAAUUGCAUACAAUCUUUGCUUCUGCACUUGUCUGGGUAAAGUUGUGGGAUCAAAGGCUAAUACACUUGGAGUUAGUCCCUUCUCACCAGAGCAACAUGUUCUGCAGGAGUUAAAGGAUCAAAUCUUACUCACUCCAAAUGGUGUUAUGUUUGUACCUUCCAAGGUUCGAAGAGGCAUACUGCCCCGCUUAUUGGAAGAAAUCUUGACUACUAGAAUUAUGGUAAAACAAGCAAUAAAAAAAUUGGCUCCUGCAGAGAAAGUUCUUCAGCGGAUAUUUAAUGCGAGACAGCUUGCUUUGAAGCUCAUAGCGAAUGUAACAUAUGGUUACACUGCUGCUGGAUUUAGUGGUCGCAUGCCCUGUGCAGAACUUGCAGACAGUAUUGUUCAGUGUGGUCGUAGUACACUGGAAAAGGCUAUAUCAUUUGUAAAUCAACAUGAAAAGUGGAAUGCUAGAGUUAUUUAUGGAGAUACUGAUAGUAUGUUUGUCCUCCUUAGAGGACGCACUUUGAAAGAGUCUUUCCAAAUUGGGAGUGAGAUUGCCUCUGCCAUCUCUGCUAUGAAUCCAAACCCUGUCUCCUUGAAGAUGGAGAAAGUUUAUCACCCAUGUUUCCUUCUUACUAAGAAACGAUAUGUUGGCUACAGUUAUGAAAGUCCUCAUCAAAUGGAACCUGUUUUUGAUGCCAAAGGUAUUGAGACAGUUCGCAGGGACACAUGUGGUGCAGUUGCAAAGAUAAUGGAGAAGUCUUUGAGACUCUUUUUUCAGCAACAGGAUUUAUUGGAGGUGAAGACUUAUUUGCAACGUCAGUGGAAGAGGAUUCUUUCGGGAAAAUUCUGCCUUAAAGAUUUUAUCUUUGCGAAGGAGGUCCGGUUGGGUACCUACAGUGCAAGAAUGUCAUCACUUCCUCCUGCUGCAAUUGUGGCCACUAAGGCAAUGACGGUUGACCGCAGGGCAGAACCACGUUAUGCUGAGAGAAUACCCUAUGUUGUAAUCCAUGGAGAGCCUGGAGCCCGUUUGGUUGAUAUGGUUGUGGAUCCCUUGGAAGUUUUGGCAAUUGAUUCCCCGUAUAGAAUAAAUGAUUUAUAUUAUAUUAAUAAACAAAUAAUACCAGCUUUACAACGGGUAUUUGGGCUUGUUGCUGCUGACCUCAACCAUUGGUUUUCAGAGAUGCCUCGUCCCACAAGGGAAGCUUCUGCAAAGCAUAAAUUAACUUCAAAUUCCCAUCGAACCAGAAUUGAUUAUUACUAUCUUUCAAAACAUUGUGUAUUAUGUGGUAGGUUGGCCCAGGCAUCAGCCCAUUUAUGCAAUCAAUGUUCAGAAAAUGAGGUAGCUGCUUCAACAGCACUAAUUAGUAAGACUUCGAAGUUAGAGCAAGCGAUGCAACAUCUUGUUGCUAUAUGUCACCAUUGUGGAGGCGGGGACAGGCUUCUUGAAAGUGGUGUGAAAUGCACGUCCAUUUCAUGUAUGGUGUUUUUUGAGAGGCGGAAGGUUCAGAAAGAACUGCUAGCUGCCACCCAUGUUGCUGCAGAUAAAGACUUGUACCCGAGAUGCAGAGUGGAAUGGUUCUGAAAAAAGGUUUUGCUUGGUAGUGUAACAUUUUCCUGUACAAAAUGGUAAAAUUAUCUCCAUUUUUCGAUAAACCAAAUCAAAUUUGUAUAAUUCUGUAAUGUUAUUAAUCAGGUUACAUGUAUAUUCUUGA